GUGCAGUUCUGUGGUGCCAGGGAGUGGAGCAGAGUCCGGCCCUGCCCCAAACACAGAUGGGACCAUGAACUCCAGCCACAGCUUCAGCCAGACCCUCUCGGGCUCCCUCCAUGGCACAUGGUCUGGCCGGGGAGCAUAUGGCACUAGGGGCUGGCCGGGGAGCUUCCCCCGGGCUCCCAGCGUCCAUGGUGGAGCAGGAGGUGUCCGCAUCUCCCUUUCCUUCACCUCACCAAGCUGCCCGCCCCCCGGAGGGUCCUGGGGGUCUGGAAGAGGCAGUUGCCUCCUAGGUGGAAAUGGGAAGGAGACCAUGCAGAACCUCAAUAACCGCCUAGCCUCCUACUUGGACAAGGUGCGUGCCCUGGAGGAGGCCAACAUGAAGCUCGAAAGUCGCAUCCUGAAGUGGCAUCAGGAGAGAGACCCUGGCAGUAAGCAAGAUUACUCUCAAUAUGAGGAAAACAUCAGCCACCUGCAGGAGCAGAUAGUGGAUGGUAAGCUGACCAACGCUCAGAUCAUUCUUCUCAUUGACAACGCCAGGAUGGCCGUGGAUGACUUCAGCCUCAAGUAUGAUAAUGAACACUCCUUCAAGAAAGACUUGGAAGCUGAAGUUGAGGGUCUCCGAAAGACCUUGGAUAAUCUGACCAUUGUCACAACAGACCUGGAACAGGAGGUUGAGGGAAUGAGGAAGGAGCUCAUCCUCAUGAAGAAGCGCCACGAGCAGGAAAUGGAGGAACAUCGUGUGCCAAAUGACUUCAAGGUCAAUGUGAAGGUGGAUACAACUCCAGGGGAAGAUCUGAUCAAGGUCCUGCAGGAUAUGAGGCAGGAAUACGAGUCUAUAAUAAAGAAGAAGCAUCAAGAUUUGGACACGUGGUAUAAAGAGCAGUCAGCGAUGAUGGCCCAGGAGGCGGCCAAUCCAAAAGUUGUGCAGAGCAGCCAAAGUGACAUUCAUGAACUGAAGCGUACUUUCCAGGCCCUGGAGAUCGACCUGCAGGCACAGUGCAACAGGAAAUCUGCUUUAGAAAACACGUUAUCAGAGACCCAGUCUCGGUACUCCUGCCAACUCCAGGACAUGCAACAGAUAAUCUCUCACUAUGAGGAGGAACUGAUGCAGUUACGCCAUGACCUGGAGCGUCAGAACAGCGAAUACAAGGUCCUCCUGGGCAUCAAAACCCACCUAGAGAAGGAAAUCGCCACGUACCGUCAGCUCCUGGACGGAGAGAGUGAAGGGACAACGGAGGAAUCUAAGUCGAGUGUGAAAGCGUCUGCAGCACCAAGGAUCAAGGCCAUCACACAGGAGAGUGUCAACGGGAGAGUAAUUCUUUCUCAAGUGAAUGAGAUCCAAAGGUGUGCGUGAGGCCAAUAAAAGUUUCCGCCUGUUGUAAAAACUGUUUUCCCCAGUGGAAAGUCCUUGCCCGGACACAAAUGAGUGAGUCCUUAGAGGUGCCCCUGGGGUUAUCAAACUCAAACUUCUAUUUUUUUCUCUGUAACAAUCUCACCAGAUGUUCCACAAUGAUCUUAAUGUACCGCUGCACCUUUUGGAUCAAAGUAUGAGUUCAUGAGCUUAAAGCUCUGCUUUCCUAGUACAAUAUUCAGAUUCCCAUCAUUGUGUAUCUGUUUUGUAGUCAAUAAAACUCUCCACCAGCUGCA